CAAAAAAAACAGAAGAAAUGCUUGUUGGAGAGCUACAUAAUCUUCCGGAUGGACUCAGUAUGGAAAGAUUAUAUUUCAAAGCCACGAGAAUAAGAAAUGAAUUGAUGUCACUAACUAGAGAAGCAGCCCCUAGUGGACACUCCCUCGCGUCCAAACUUGACCAAUAUGACAGAUUCUGCCUAAAUACAUUCCUAAUUGGAUUAAAGGACCUACUUAGGUCAGCCAUUAGAAACCAAAGGCCAGAGACGAUCGAGAAAGCGUACGGACAGCUUGAACUAAACUUUUCUAGAAGUCUCAGUAAACAUCCUGGAAACCAACGAUACGACAGCUCGAUGAACAGGAACCACCCAUACGCGAGAGGGCAACCAACUAAUGGAGACUAUAAUAGCCGCAACAUAAAACGUCAACAGAACUAUAAUGGCAACAACGCUCGUCAUACAAACUUUGGGCAGAAACCCCUUCCACAGCAACGACAAAUCAGAUCAGAUUCUAAAACACCAAGACAGGAACAACCAUAAUCCAGGCGCUCCUCUAUAUAGCAUCAACGAUGACUCAAAUUUUUUACUAGAAGCCUCGGGAAACCAGUCGGGUACAUAAACAAGAAGACUCACGGAUCUUCCUUGCCAUUUGUUUUAUUAUCACAAAACUUCAUGGCGCCAAACACUCUAAAAUUCCUAAUAGAUACUGGAUCAACCUAUUCAUUCAUAAAUCCAGCACUUAUUAAUGAAGAUCACACAAAAAAACUAACCUCCGAUAUCAACAUCCAAACUGUACUCAGUACAUUUAAAAUUCGGGACUAUACGGAUAGAAUUAAUUUCAAACAAUUCAAAAGAAUGCCCAAUUUUAAGUUCUUACUAUUCAAUUUCCACCCCCACUUCAAUGGCCUCCUAGGCAUGGAUUUCCUAUCCGGCCUAAAUGCAAAAAUAAACUUUGCCGACUCCAUAUUAGAAACACCAGAAACCACCAUCCCAAUCCUCACAGGAUCAAACCCUGUUGACAUAUUACAUACCCUGCCACAAAAUACCAAAAUGCGACUACCGCUCCCAGUAAACUUCAUGCAGGGAGACUUUAUAUGCGGCUUAUACACCGCAGUCGCAGGAUCUGCCUAUUUUGAAGUGUGCAAUAGCUCAGACCAGAUUCAAACACUUUACCUCGAAGAACCGUUACAGGCAGAAGAGUUCUCUCCACGAACCAACCAAUACUGCAUGUCCGCAGCAACAGAUACAGAACAACCGGACAAUCAGCCAUUAAACAUUCAGACGGAACACUUCAACAACGAGGAAAAACAACAAAUACUCAAACUAUGCAAGGCGUUCAAAAGACUCUUCCACAACGAAAACAAUCAACUAACGUUCUCUAACGCUGUCAAACACUCUAUACCAACAACAGAUAAUACCCGAUUCACACAAAAUUUUACCGUUAUCCAUUUGUACAUAAAGACGAAGUUCGAAAGCAAAUUUCAAAAAUACUCGAACAAAACAUCUUAAAAAACAGUCAUUCAGUGCACCCUUCUGGAUCGUACCUAAGAAAAGUGACAGCACAGGUGAAAAAAAGUGGCGCUUAGUAAUCAAUUUUCGGAAACUAAAUGAGAAAACUGUUCCUGAUAGAUAUCCUAUCUCGAACAUUGCAGAUAUACUAGACAGCAUAGGGAAGACCAUGUAUUUCACAAUAGACCUUGCAAGUGGCUUUCACCAAAUUCAAAUGAACCCAAGCGACGCAGACAAGACAGCAUUUCACGAGGCUGCCCUUCGGUCUUAAGAACGCUCCUCUCACGUUCCAACGCGUUAUGGACAACGUCUUAGGUGACUUAGUCGGUGACGUCUGACUUAUAUACCUCGACAACAUAAUAGU